UGUCUGCAAGGGGCGACUUGAUUGCUGCAAAGUGAUACCGUCUUUACGUCGAAUUGUUUCUUAGAUCUUGCGGAUACAGUACAUCACAUCACAUCAUGGCUGUCGAACGAAUUGGCUCCAUCAUCAAGCACCUGGCCCCUGGGUCAUCGCUGAACAACAUCCAGUCCAAGAACCCCGACGACAUCGUCAUCACCUAUGCCGCUCGAACACCGCUCACCAAGGCUGGCAAGGGCGGCUUCAAGGACACCAGCCUAGAGUACAUGGUCUAUGCUCUGCUGGAGAAGGUUCGCGAGAGGAGCGGUGUUGACCCUGCUCUCGUUGAGGACAUCUGCCUCGGCAACGUGACCGAUGCCCAAGCCGCCUACAAGGUCCGAACUGCUGCCCUCGCUGCCGGCUACCCCAACACCGCCGGUGCCAGCUCCGUCAACCGCUUCUGCUCCUCCGGUCUCAAGGCCAUUGCAGACAUUGCCCACUCCAUCUCCAAUGAUUCCAUCUCUGUGGGCAUUGCCAUGGGCGCCGAGAGCAUGUCCCACGGCCGCCCUACCGAGGAGUUCGAUGAGGCCGUGUUGAAGAAGAGCCAGGAGGCCGACGACGCCGUUCAGCCCAUGGGAUGGACCAGCGAGAACGUUAGCAAGGACUUUGGCAUUGACCGAGUCACCAUGGACAAGUACGCAGCGGAGAGUUUCCAGCGAGCCGAGAAGGCCCAAAAGGCCGGCCUUUUCGACGACGAGAUUGUCCCCAUCACCACACAGGUCAAGGACAAGAACGGCGAGCUGAAGCAGGUGACUCUGACCCAGGACGACGGCAUCCGCCCCGGCACCACCGCCGAGGGCCUGGCCAAGAUCCGUGCUGCUUUCCCUCAGUGGGGACCUACCACUACCGGUGGUAACGCCUCCCAGGUUACCGACGGUGCUGCCGCCGUCGUCCUGAUGAAGCGAUCAACCGCUAUCAAGCUGGGUCUGCCCAUCAUGGCCAAAUACGUUGGCUCCACCGUCGCCGGUGUUGCUCCCCGCAUCAUGGGCAUCGGCCCCAGCGUCGCCAUCCCCAAGCUCCUCUCCAUCUACAACAUCAACCUCAACGACAUUGACGUCGUCGAGGUCAACGAGGCCUUUGCCUCCAUGGCCGUCUACUGCCGCGACAAGCUCAGCCUGGACUGGUCCAAGAUGAACCCCAAGGGAGGUGCCAUCGCUCUUGGCCACCCUCUGGGAGCCACGGGUGCCCGACAGGUCGUGACUGGCCUGAGCGAGCUGCGGAGGACCAAGAAGAAGCUGUUGCUGACGAGCAUGUGCAUUGGUACUGGCCAGGGCAUGGCUGGUCUGUUUGUCAACGAGCAGGUGUAAAAAAAAAAUACCAUUGGGAUGGAUGAGAUAUGGAUCAUUGAUAAUAGGGUCAUGUAUAUGUACAGCUAGCUGCCUACUAGAUGUCUCUUUUUUUGUGUGUUCUAUGAAAUACUAGCGAAUUACUUUUUUUUUUCUUUCAAAAUGUCUGAGCAGCUCGAAGAUUUCUCGUCUUUCGCUUUCCGAUUGAUUUUUCGAGAAUCGCAAUGUGUGACUUGAGCGCGGAUCUCGGCAAUGCAGUGUCUCGGCCGCUGUGUUGAUGGAAUGUGGCUGGAAUUGGGCGUGGUGCUACCCUACAAAAGAUGUACAACAACGCGGCGAAUGCGUGAGGUAUGUGAGCAGGAUGAGAUUGACGCGCUGUUAUGAUAUUGUCUCCUUUUCUUUGGGGAUUUCAAUUUAUGUUUUAUAUUCGUAGUCUUGAAUAGCUAUUGGGUGGUGUCGUCUUAUACGUGGACAAUCGUGUAAACAGGCACUCUCCCUCCAAUAAUG